AUGACCAGCAAUGCCCAUUCGCUCCUAACUCCCUCUGCCCCCGCUGGCCUUCACCACGACGGCCCCACGGCCCACGCCAGCUCGCCGCGACACACGUCGAGGCCAGCCUCCCCGUCUAGUCGCCCUGCCGCCGAUCCAGACCAUGAUCAGGAUGCAGAGGGCGAGUCGGAAGCCGAGACGGUCGUCUUGUCACGCGAUGAGAAGCCUGUUGACGCUGUCGACGACGACAAUGACAAGCUGAUCAAGAAGGAGCGCCUCGACGACGACCAUGACAACCCCAACAACAAUCCCAACCACAAUCAUAAUAGCGCCGAUGCCGAUGCCGAUACCGACGACGCGAAACGCCUGCGCUCCAGCAACGGCCAUGUCAAGGCCAACGGCACCAGCCACGCCGCGCGACACAUCAAAGAAGGCAGCUCCCAGGACUCGGGAAAGUCGCCUGCCCCAUCUGCCCUCUCCCCUACACAAACAACGACGCGCGGUCGCAGUGCUUCGACCGUCGAGAACCGCAAGCGCAAGUUACGCGACGAAUCCUUCCCAAAGUCCUUUGAGCCUCCGCGCCAAAAGGCCAGGACAGAGGGUCUCAAAGACGCGCCCAAUUCACCCGCCACACCCGCUUUUGGCCGCCCUCACAAGCGCUCCCAGUCCACACAAUCCACAAUCUCAGCUAUGACCGGCCGCAAGCGCCGCGACGUCACCAACCUCGCCUUGUCGACAGAAGCCGACGAGCAUUGGGCGGGUUCCAGUUCGGACCACUCAACAUCGCCUCAGCCCACGUCCGCACCCUAUCUCCAGCAACACGCCCGAGUGAAGCGUUCUUCACACCGUGCCCUGACCUCGCCCGCACGCACCAUGCCCCAGCGCAAGAUCGACAGAUUCGGCGCUACCCGACUCGCUCGAGAAAGUGAAAAAGGCGACCUGGAGGCUGUCAAGGAAGCAUAUGAAGAGGCACCAGACGAGCUGGACCAGGCUGAUUACGCCGGUAUUGCCCCCUUACAAAAGGCCGCCCUGCAUGGAUGGGCUCCCGUGGUCCGCUAUCUCAUCAACAAGGGCUGCCGUACAGAUUGCGAGAGUCACGAUCGGGACACCCCCCUCAUCGAUGCUGUAGAGAAUUCGCAUCUGGACGUAGUCCGGCUGCUGCUCAACCAAGGCCAGGUCAAUCCGCAUCAUUCCAACAAAAAAGGCCAACGUGCCAUCGACGUGUUGGACCCUGAGGAUGAAGACGCGGCGGAAAUAGAAAAAGAACUCAAGGAGGCUAUGAAGAGGCGGGUAGACACUUCCACAAACGACCACGAGCGAUCCCAGAAACAAGCAAAAACAGCCUCGCGUCUGCUGUACAAUGAAUUCAACGUCGAGACCUUGAUCGAAAAAGCUGGCGACGGUGAUAUUCUCGCUGUAGGCGAGCUAAUCAACAGCAACAUCAAGCCGAACAUAACCUGUGGAGUUGCUGCGGCACGAGGUGGACACUAUGACAUCCUCAGCAUCCUACUAGCAAGUGGCCUAAAGGCCGACCCCGACCCGUCCAAGCAUCCGGAGACACCUAUGACAGUAGCCAUCGGUCGCGGAUAUCUCAAAAUCAUACAGCUGCUUCUCGAGCAAGACAACUUCAACCCUACGCGCCGAAACAAGGAUAACAAGACCUACUACGAAAUCUCAGAGGAGCGACAUGGCCCAAAGUGGGAAGAAGAGAGGGAUAUGCUCAAACGCGCAUGUGAUGAGUACCAAGCAACCCACCGGAGCCCUCGUAGGGUCAAGAAAGAAGCCCCCAGCGCUUCAAGCCAGCGCAUCAAGCGAAAGUCCCCUCCACGACGAGAGCGAUCAUCGUCACCGCGAACAGAGCCGAAACGCGCCCAUCAUGCAAAAUCGACGACAGCGACCACUGCACCCCAAAA